AUGGCUCCCUUUUACAAGACCGCAGCCGCAUUUUGCCUCGUCGGGCUCUUUGGGCUCCAAUGCGGGGCGGCAACCGAAACAAAAUAUAAAUUUGAGGUAGUCCAAGUCAAAGAUGACGCCUACUUAACGGCAAAGCUGGCCCGUAAUGGAAAAAUUUCGGCUAAGACAAAUACAGUCGAAAAGGAUAGCCAGACUGUCACCACCUUGCAGGGAAAAGUAGCAGCCAAAAUCGACGGCAGUGAUGUGACUUGCGCGGCACUCAUAGACGACACACUUGAGAAGCUCUUCCACGUCACUUUUGAAUACACAGAUGAUCCAGACUACCGUACACUGGUGCAGGGUGCUCUCAAAACCGGACUUGCAGAAUUCAGCAACACAUAUCCAAAAGAUACAACCGCUUGGGAAGAGAUGUGGGGGAAGAAUGGAGUCCCCAGCCUUUUGCACCUCCUCGAAGCCAGCAGCACUAAAAUCGGCUGCGUCAUCGGGAAGUGCGUAAAACAAACAGAUUCGCCAGAAGGAGCCGCACCAACAAAGGCUACGCUAUUCUGUGAAUUAAGUCCUGCAGCAGCAAAGGGCCAGGCCGCCUUCAGCGAGGAGUACUUCAACGAACUUAUUGCACGAAAAGAUGAACUAAGCAGUAUGACGGAAGACGAUCUAACCAGCUCUGCAAAUGUUGCCGUUCCCAGCAUUCUAACUGCCGGUUUGGUCGCCAUCCUGGCAGCUAUCUCUGCCUAG